AUGACUGAAUCACAAGCAAAAAAGAAGCAAAUGUUGGAGAAAGUGAGUGAUCCUAAUUCUCUCUUGCCUACCAAUGCUUUGCUUGACAUUCAAGAAGAUUUUCGUGUUAUAAUCGGCACCUAUGAGCGAUUAUUGUUUGGUGUAAACGCUUAUUGGACAGAAGAGAAGAAAAAAGUAAAGAUGGAACCUGUAUUUAUUAUUCCUGCACAUACUGGAUGUAUUCGCACAGUAUCUGUAGGUGGUCACUUUUUGGCCUCUGGCAGUUCAGAUGAAAUUAUUCGUCUGUAUGAUGUGAAAAAACGUAAGGAGUAUGGGUCCUUGGGAGGACAUCAUUCAGGCGACAUCACGGAUAUCAAAUUCCAUGGUAAAUACAUGCUGUCAGCAAGUGAGGAUCAUACGAUCAAUCUGUGGAGAACGAAGGAUUGGGAAUUUUUGAAAACCCUGAAAGGGCACAAGGGCAAGAUCAAUUCUUUGGCUAUUCAUCCUACUGGUAAAAUUGCACUAUCUGUUGGUUCUGAUAGACUUGCCAUCGUUUGGAAUUUAAUGACGGGGAGAAAAGCAAGUGUAAACAAAUUGGAUAAAGAGGAGCCAAUGAUAGUCUUAUGGAAUACAGAAGGCAACCAGUAUGCUGUCAUGUUUGAUAGGAAAAUUCAAAUAUAUAACGUCUCAGAUGCACAAGUAGCAGUGACCAUCAGUCAUAGAUCAAGAUUCAACACAAUGAAGUUUUUCCAUUCAAAAGCGACAAAUAAGGACUAUAUUGUAACAGGCAGUGAAGACAAAUAUCUAAGACUUUGGGAUUUAUCAACAGAGGAAGGCAAAUGCAUAAAAGAAAUACAAGGGCAUAAGCUCCGAGUUAAAGCAAUCAGUGUAUUAGAGUUGGAGGAAAAAACCUUACUCUUUUCUGUGUCAUCAGAUGGUGUAGUCAAAUGCUGGGACCUGGAUGAUAUACUCGCCAAUUCUAACGAUACGAACAAUCAAGAAGGAGCUAUUGAACCAUUAGGCGAAUAUAAUACAAAGUGUCGUGCGAUUUGUAUAACGUCUCAUCAAGCAUUUUUAAAAUAA